UCUACAGUAAGCAUGUUUCUGAACACCCUAACCCCCAAAUUCUACGUGGCUCUGACGGGGACAUCCUCCUUGAUAUCAGGACUCAUCCUGGUAAGUUGAUAAUAUUAUAUUCAUAUUAUGCCAUUUAGCACAUUUAUCCAAAGCGACUUACAGCAAAUGUUCUAUUUAUAUUGACAAGAUAGUCGAGUGACCGCUCUAACAAGGGAAAUGCAUGUCCUCAAAGAUGUAAGGCAGGUGGGAGGAGGCGAGAUCAGGUGGGACUAUUCUAGCCAAUGAGAGGGCAGAUACACGUGUCAACAACAGGCACAACUCCGAUAUAAAGUCGUCGACAUUGCCAAAAUGCCACGUGCGUCCACUUUUAUAUAAGUGCAUUCAUAACAACCUAAAAAUUACAAAACUUCUAUUCGAUCAAAUAAACCACACAUAGCAUAUUAGCAUUACAUUUCUGUUGGCCAAAUUCAACUGAUUGACCUCCAUACAAAGAUUGGACAGAUUUUGGGUAGAGUAAACCCCUCGCGUCACCUCUUCCUCUCAGCUUACAGUACAGUGAGUGCAUACAUUUUAGUAUUUGAUAAUAUGCCAUUUAGCAGAAGAUUUUAUCCAAAGCAAGCGACUUACAGUACAGGGAGCGCAUAGCCUACACUACACUUAAAUAUUAUGUGAUGCCAGUGGGAAUGUGUCCCCCAACACUGGUGUUGCUAUAGACAUGCUCUUACCAACUGAGCCACACAGGACCACCAAGUUGAGCCCUCGUUUGUCUGUUGUACAGUGAGAGUGAACUGUGCUACAGUGGUCAUUCUUCCAAAGAAAAUACAAAUAGAAAAAAAAGAUAGCUACAAUAGCUUUAGCUAGCGAACCUCAUUCCUCUCCGUGGGUUGGCCAGUUUGUUUAGUUGCCUGGUAACGACGAUGAGUCUCACAGGCCUCUUAAGCCUUCAUUGUGUCCUAUGAAUAAUUACAGUGGAUAUGAGAUUAUAUGUGCGUGGCCUGUGAGGUAUUAAAAUACAGAUGGAUUCCUGUUAUAUUCAUUACAGUCAGUUGAGAUUAAGACGGUUAGGUAAUAGGGCUUUACCAGGACUAGAAGUCAUGUAGACAAGGCAAUACCAGCUGUGGAUGACUUUCCAGACACAAACAGUCAAAGAGGGUGUGUGUGUGUGUGUCAAUGUUGAAAUAGAGUUGCAUAUUGGACCCUGUCUUGAUUAGGCAAUGCUAAAAGAGAAAAAUGUAAGAAUGUGUACUAUGUGUGCACACAUCUCUGUGCAGAGUUGUGGAUGGAUUUAAUUUAAUAUUUAAAGAGCAUUAGGGCUCUUCAGAAAUGAGAAAUCCUGUGCUAGCCUGUGUUAAAUUGCACUUAGUGGCAUGAUACUAAAAAUCAAAGACCCUCUAAGUCAAAGACAGUCCUAUCAAACCUAACAGUGGUAUGAGUGAUGUAGCCCAAAGGGCAUUCAACUAAAUCGACACAGCCCUAAAGACAGAUUGAAAUAGAUCACACAUACCAAUUAUACAGUAACAUAUGUUUUCUCUAUGGUCCUGACCUUACUGAAUCCUCCCUGAAUGAACUGCCUCGUGUCGGUCUCCUGUCAGAUUUUUGAGUGGUGGUACUUCAGGAAGUACGGUACUUCCUUCAUCGAGCAGGUGUCAGUGAGCCACCUGCGCCCUCUGCUGGGCGGCGUGGACAACAGCUCCCCAACCAACUCCAACAGCAGUAACGGAGACGCAGACUCCAACCGACAGAGUGUGUCCGGUAAGACUCAGAGAUUUACUAUAUGGGUAGAGUAUUCACUAGAUAUAUAGAGCAUGUACUAGAUAUAGAGUGUUAGCUAGAUGGAGCAUUUAAAAACUAGAUAAAUCAUUCAGUGAGCGUUCACCAGAGCAUUUAUUGUCAGUGACCCAGCUCUACAGUGAACUGGCCGUUAACGAGAGUACCUUAUUGUUCGCCCCUGUGCUAGAGCAUUUACUACAGCCAGAUGGAGCAUAUUGUUGUCCCCCAAGAUGAAAUCGGGGAGAGGGCUGUGGAUCUGUCGCGGUUCGUUCGUACGUUAGUCCCACGCGAUAUCUCAGACAACACUGUGCCGAUUUUGAGGAAACUUGGGUGAAUGAUGCAUCUUGCCAUAGAGAUCCGGCAUCAUUCGUGUGGGACGACAUGUUUAUUGUUGCCUUGUUUGUAGAAGAAUAGAGACACAACCCAGCUCAUUAACAGAGAUACCAGAUAGAGAAUUUACCAUAGAACUCUUCUUUGUUUUGCCUACACACUUGAUUAGAGCAUUUAGGCCUACUACAGCCAAAUAGAGCAUUUAGUAGCAUAGAGUGCCUUAUAGUUCGCUCCCACACCAGUGAGAAAUCCAAUGUGUGUGUGUUUUUGUUUUCGUUGGAUGAAAUGGAAUUAUCUGAGCUGUGUUGAAUCAACAAGGCAUGAUUGGUGAAAUUGCUUUAGAAUCAUUUGCUGUUGUAAUCCCUGUGUCUGGGAAAGGAGUGUGAUUGGAGACUGGCUAGUGAUGAUGACUUGUGGAUUUGGGAUGCAGUCUGGUAGUACUGACCUGAAGUUUACAGAAGCAAUUAAGUUGCCUUACUGUAGUGUCAUUUAGUGUAGGAAUUUCAUGACGUACACUUCAUCCCUAGUACACUUAGGAGUCUACUUUGUCGGAUACGCCUACAAACCAUCCCUAACAAUGUCUUCCUCCUCUUGGUCCCUCAGAAUGUAAAGUAUGGCGAAAUCCACUGAAUUUAUUUCGAGGGGCGGAGUAUAACCGGUGAGUCACAUGAUCCCUCGCCCCUUCUCUCCUCCUCACUUUCCUACUCCUUUUCUCACCCCCCUCUCACCCCCUCACUCACCCCUUUUUCUCUCUCCACAUCUCCUCGUUCAUGUUCUUCCCUCCUUCCUUCUCUCUCUCUCACUCACACAGUCACUCACUCACUCACUCGCUCCCUGGAUAGUUUGUAGUAAUGGCUGGGUCUAAUAUGGUGUCAACAGGCUGAGAGAAUCCUUGCCUCACCAGGAGCCCAUCUUAUUAGAUCACUGCUGCCUAGUUCCUCCUCAACAAUUUUUGCCACCUCCCUUUUCUCUAUUGCUUUUCUCUCUCCACUUUCUCUAUAUCUUUCUCUCUCUCUCUCUUUCAUUCUAGCUCUCUCUACCUCUUUCUGUCUCUCUCUUUCAUUCUAGCUCUUUCUACCUCUCUCUCUCUUUCUCUCUAUCUUUCUCUCUCUCUCUUUCAUUCUAGCUCUUUCUACCUCUCUCUCUCUUUCUCUCUAUCUCCCCCCAGACUUUUUGUAGAACCAUGAAAAUGACAUUAACUGUGUGUCUACCAGGUAUACGUGGGUGACGGGCCGAGAGCCACUCACGUAUUACGACAUGAAUCUCUCGGCACAAGACCACCAGACCUUCUUCACAUGCGACUCGGACCACCUCCGGCCAGCCGACGCCAGUAAGGAACCUACACACAUCAAACACAUCACACACAUCACCCAGAGACACACACACACCACACACACUAUCGAUCUCACCCCAUCUCCAGGGAGGUGUGAUUCAUGUUCACAGGUAGUAUCAUUACCUCUCUGACCUCAAUAACACUUACUAAUGUGUGCAUGUGUGUGUUUUUAGUCAUGCAGAAAGCGUGGAGAGAGAGGAACCCACAGGCACGCAUCUCUGCUGCACACGAAGCCCUCGAACUAGAGGAGUGAGUAGUUACUUAUUUCACCUACAGAGAUACUGUAUCGUGCUGUGUAACAUGGUUGGCCUCAAUUCACUCACGCAUUACUUGUAAAUAUCCUAUUAUUUUUCUAUGAGGAAUCUUCUAUGAGGACUCUUCAAGUAGAAUUUCAAUUCCUCAAUUGAAGUGGUAUCAACCCCACCUGUAUACUGUUGUACAGUUGAAGUCUGAGAUUUACAUACACUUAGGUUGGAGUCAUUAAAACUCGUUUUUCAACCACUCCACAAAUUUCUUGUUAACAAACUAUAGUUUUGGCAAGUCGAUUAGGACAUCUACUUUGUGCAUGACACAAGUAAUUUUUCCAACAAUUGUUUACAGACAGAUUAUUUCACUUCACUGUAUCACAAUUCCAGUGGGUCAGAAGUUGAUUGUGCCAUUAAACAGCUUGGAAAAUUCCAGAAAAUGAUGUCAUGGCUUUAGAAGCUUCUGAUAGGCUAAUUGACAUCAUUUGAGUCAAUUGGAGGUGUACCUGUGGAUGUAUUUCAAGGCCUACCUUCAAAUUCAGUGCCUCGUCGCUUGACAUCAUGGGAAAAUCAAAAGAAAUCAGCCAAGAACUCAGAAAAGAAAUUGUAGACCUCCACAAGUCUGGUUCAUCCUUGGGAGCAAUUUCCAAACGCCUGAAGGAACUACGUUCAACUGUACAAACAAUAGUACGCAAGUAUAAACACCAUGGGACCACGCAGCCUUCAUACCACUCAGAAAGGAGACACGUUCUGUCUCCUAGAGAUGAACGUACUUUGGUGCGAAAAGUGCAAAUCAAUCCCAGAACAACAUCAAAGGACAUUGUGAAGAUGCUGGAGGAAACAGGUACAAAAGUAUCUACAGUAAAAGGAGUCCUAUAUCGACAUAACCUGAAAGGCCGCUCAGCAAGGAAGAAGCUACUGCUCCAAAACCGCCAUUAAAAAAGCCAGACUACGGUUUGCAACUGCACAUGGGGACAAAUAUCGUACUUUUUGGAGAAAUGUCCUCUGGUCUUGAUGAAACAAAAAUAUAACUGUUUGGCCAUAAUGACCAUCGUUAUGUUUGGAGGAAAAAGGGGGUAAGUUACAAGCCGAAGAACACCAUCCCAACCGUGAAGCACGGGGGUGGCAGCAUCAUGCUGUGGGGGUGCUUUGCUGCAGGAGGGUGGUGCACUUCACAAAAUAGAUGGCAUCAUGAGGAAGGAAAAUUAUGUGGAUAUAUUGAAGCAACAUCUCAAGACAUCAGUCAGGAAGUUAAAGCUUGGUCGCAAAUGGGUCUUCCAAAUGGACAAUGAACCCAAGCAUACUUCCAAAGUUGUGGCAAAAUGGCUUAAGGACAACAAAGUCAAGGUAUUGGAGUGGCCAUCACAAAGCCCUGACCUCAAUCCUAUAGAAAAUUUGUGGGCAGAAAUGAAAAAGCGUGUGCGAGCAAGGAGGCCUACAAACCUGACUCAGUUACACUAGCUCUGUCAGGAGGAAUUGGCCAAAAUUCACCCAACCUAUUGUGGGAAGCUUGUGGAAGGCUACCCGAAAUGUUUGACCCAAGUUAAACAAUUUAAAGGCAAUGCUACCAAAUACUAAUUGAGUGUAUGUAAACUUCUGACCCACUGGGAAUGUGAUGAAAGAAAUAAAAGCUGAAAUAAAUAAUUCUCUCUACUAUAUUCUUAAAAUGAAGUGGUGAUCCUAACUGACCUAAGACAGGGAAUUUUUACUAGGGUUAAAUGUCAGGAAUUGUGAAAAACUGAGUUUAAAUGUAUUUGGCUAAGGUGUAUGUAAUUUCCGACUUCAACUGUAUAUACAGCCUGGCUGAAAAGUGUGAGAUGCACAUAAAUAUUCACAUCGUCUUUCAGGAUACUUUUUUUAGGGGUCAACGGCAUCACAACUUAUUCUCCUUUGUGCUUAGUGUGGGGUCUUCCCCUGUUCCUCCCUCCAGCUAUGUUGUCUUCCUCUGCUGUGUCGUCUUCCCCAAAAUUCUCUUCACUCUUUUCUAAUUUGUCUUGUCCUCUCAGCUGUGCAACAGCGUCCAUCCUGCUGGCAGAGGAGGAGGCCACCACCAUCAUGGAGGCAGAGAAGCUCUUCAAACAGGCCCUGAAGGCAGGAGAGGGCUGCUACAGACGCAGCCAACAGCUUCAAUACCAUGGGGCACAGUACGAAGCACAGCACAGUGAGUAGAGUACACACACACACAGUCAAACACACACACAGUCAAACACACACACAGUCAAACACACACACAGUCAAACACACACACAGUCAAACACACACACAGUCAAACACACACACAGUCAAACACACACACAGUCAAACAUACACACAGUUGAACCUACACACACAAAGUCUAAAGAAUACGCAUGCACCUGGUUAGACACACACUCUCAAACACUUACAUAUAUGCAAAUCAAUCUAUUAGUGUGUGUGUGUGCACAGGUGUGCGGAUGUGUCUGAGUUUGUAUGUACGCAUGUGUGUGUCCAUGUGUGUUAUACCAGCUAAAAUAACUUUGCUGCUGUGUUUCUCUCAGGAAGGGACACCAAUGUUGUGGUGUACAUUAAGAGGAGACUGGCCAUGUGCUCUAGAAAGCUGGGCCGAACCAGAGAAGCUGUCAAAAUGUUGAGAGACGUAAGUACAGUAUACGCCAAGCCAUCAGGAGGUUACGGACCAAUCCCCAAUCCUACUGUAGCUCCCACUGAAGUGUUAGACCAGCAUUGAUGUCGGGGGGGGGGGGGGGGGGGGGGACUACAGUAGUGACUUUAGUAAAAGUUAGGAUUUGCCCCAUUUUUACAUGCCAAUGUUUUCAGUCACUAUACAUUUUCUAUGAUAAAUGUAACAAAAACAUGUAACGAAACAACAGUGGCGGCAGGUAGCCUAGUGGUUAAGAGCUUUGGGCCAUUAACCGAAAGGUCGCUGGUUUGAAUCCCCGAGCCGACUAGGUAAAAAAUCUGUCUGUGCCCUUGAGCAAGGCACUUAACCUUAAUUGCUCCCAUAUGUCGCUCUGGUUAAGAGCGUCUGCUAAAUGACUCAAAUGGAAAUGUACAGUACAUUCUGCAGCCUCAGAUAGAACAUAGAGGCCUGGGGAGGGGUUGGAGGUAGCCUGGUCCCAGAUCUGCUGCUGUCGCAUCAUCUCUUAUGGCCAUUGUCAAGACAAUUUUGCAAUGACAAUAACCAUAGGGGAUGAUGGCAAGACAGCGCAAGUAGGUCUGGCACCAGGCUAGGUUUGAGGCUGUGUGGGACUGGGCGGGGUUACUAAACCCUGACUGUUGUGUUUCACUGCCUGUCUGGUAUUACAUGUAACAACAGUUGUAUGUUUUCCAGUUAAUGAAGGAGUUCCCUCUCCUCAGUAUGUUCAAUAUCCAUGAGAACCUGCUGGAGUCACUACUAGAGCUGCAGAACUACGCAGACGUACAGGCCGUACUAGCCAAGUACGACGGUAAGACACACACACACACACACACACACACACACACACACACACACACACACACACACACACACACCUCUAAGAGUGAAAAAUAGUUACAUUUUAGUCAUUUAGCAGACGCUCUUAUCCAGAGCGACUUACAGUUAGUGAAUACAUAUUUUUUUAUACUGGCCCCCCGUGGGAAUCGAACCCACAACCCUGGCGUUGCAAACGCCAUGCUCUAUCAACUGAGCUACAUCCCUGCCGGCCAUUCCCUCCCCUACCCUGGACGACGCUGGGCCAAUUGUGCGCCGCCCAUGAGUCUCCCGGUCGCGGCCGGCUGCGACAGAGCCUGGAUUCGAACCAGGAUCUCUAGUGGCACAGUUAGCACUGCGCCACUCGGGAGUACAGUAGUUCAAUGUUAAUUGUUGCUUAUUGG